CCAAAAUGUUUUGAAUUAUUUCGAGAAUUAUUCCUAAUUUUAAUAAUAAUUUGCAGAAUGGAGGAACAUAAAAGCAUAUGUCGCCUUUGCCUCGGUUCAAGUUUAGAGCCGUUGAGCACCUCACUGAGCGAUGCCGACUUUCAAAUAAAAUUGCAAAUUGUGUUCAAAUUUGAAUUUGCCGACGAAAAAAGCUUUCCUAGUAGCGUUUGCUCAAUAUGUUCAUCUAAAGUCAUAGAAUACCACAUUUUCCACGAAAUGGUUUGUACAAAUCAAGCCCAGCUCAAGAUAUCCAAACAGGUAAUACAACCAUCGUCGUCUUCAGACGGUAUCAAGAUAGAGGUUUCUUUGGAUCCAUUCGAGCACCAGAGCGAUUUCUCGUCCAAUUCAAAUAGUCCAACUGUCGAUCGAGAUUUGGACGAUUUCCCUCGAACGUCUGAUAUCAAAAAAGAUAAGUUAUUGGAUGUAAGGAAGAGAAAACGAGAAAGGAACAGGGCAGAGCAAGCCGAGGAAAGGUCCAGGAGGCUGAUAGAUGAAAACAGAAAAAUUCAAGAGUUUUUCACAUUAAGCUGCGAAUUUUGCCCAGAAUCCUUCGAUUCCCUCUAUAGGCUUCAGAUGCAUACUCGAAAGGUUCAUAACACUCGUGGUAGCAUCAAAUGCUGCAACCGAAUUUUUUAUAAAAAAUGCAGGAUACUAGCUCACAUAGAUUCUCACCUGAAUCCAAUGCAGUUUCAUUGUGAUAUAUGCAACAAAAGCUACAACGACGGAUACUAUCUGGAUUUACACCGAACUAGAACACACAACACUGACAUGGAAAAGCCUUUCAAAUGUGACAAGUGUGCACAAGCAUUCCACAAAGAGUAUCUAUUAAAAGCCCAUCUCACUACACAUAUUCGAAUGGAGUGUUCGAUUUGUCACAAGAUGCUAGCGAGUGCAUCUAGUUUACGUACGCACAUGAGCAACAUGCACAAGGGAGAUUCGACACUUAUCUGCGACACCUGUGGCCAAGAGUUCCGUACUAAACUAACCAUGGAAAAACACAUUAAGCGACACAUGGGAAUCAACCCCGUCGAGAGGGUACAGUGUCACAUAUGCAACAGGUGGUUGAAUGGAAAGUCCAACUUGAAAAUUCACAUCAAAACGAUCCAUAACGAGGGGCAAACGAUCUCGUGUGACCUUUGCCAACAAAUCUAUCCGAACUUGCGUGCACUGAGAAACCAUAAGCAGCGAGUGCACGUUGAGGAGCGGUUCGAGUGUGAGUUCUGCGGGAAGAAAUUUAAACAGAAAGUCUGCUGGAAAGAACAUCGCGCCUCACAUACCGGUCAGAGGCUGUACUCGUGCGAUAUCUGUGGAAUGACUACUAACUCGAAAGCGAAUCUGUACUCGCACAGGAAAAGUAAGCACCCGGAUGAGUGGAUGGAAGCGAAGAAAAAAAAUUUCGCGAUUGCUUACGGUGAAUAGUGUGCACUCGUCAGAGGUAAGUUCUUUAUUUAGUCCGCUUCAGUCAGCACCUACAACUAUGCAGUACGUAUACAUGCGAUUGCAUUGUGAAUGAUCGAAA